AUGGCCCGCAUUUCUUACCAACGAGUGGCCUGGCCUAACAAACACUGGUUCAUGGGGGUAUCUUCCGACAGCGAGCCAAAAGGGCUGCUGUACUGGUCGGUGGACGCUGGACGCUGGAUAAUGUCCAAUGGUCAGAGGGCGACCUGGGCCAUGGGUUCGUUGCACACUGCCAUACUGCCUGGGCCUACCAAGAACGGAUUCAAAGCGUGGGGCCAGGUCACGUUGAGGCCUCUCUACCCUGCACAGAGUGCAAACGCGCCCUGGCCAUCGGUAGCCAAAGAAAGCUGUAGUGGGCGGGAGGAUUUUUCCCAAGCCAUUCGCCAGGAGCUGCGCGCAUCCAAGGUGGAGCCACAGGGUGGUGAUCGGCAAGGGAGGUUCGCUCCCCAUGAAACGGACGGCGGCAGACGAGAGACGCUAUUGGCAGAUGCUGUUUUGGGGCGGAUCGAGAGCCAUCCAACCAUCAAGCCACCAAACACCCCGGACAAGCUCCAGUAA